UAUUGCUUUAGAAAUGUAACGCCACAACAAUACUGAGGAGAAAGGGCAGCAACUUCCUGCUGUUGUCUCGGAAAAAGAAACUUUCCCUUUAUCGAGUAGAUUCAAACUUACAUUUCUUUUAAUCGACAAUGCCUGUUGUUUCCGAAAUAACCUAACAGCUUCCUCCUUCUGCCUCGAGGUUAUAAUAUGUGGGCUGAAGAAAAACAAUGCAAAAACAUGGCCUCAGUUUUCCUGAACCACCCAGAAGACAGCAGCUGUGUGGUUCGCAGAAGCUAAUAUAAACCAGCAGUGGCUGUUCUCCAGCAUUUUCUGAUCUUGCAUCAAUGAUCAUGCAGUCGGUCAUGGACCCACCUGCACCAGAGGUUAACAACCCACCUCCGCCUGAGGUUACAAAUGCCAAUAAAUUAGGCCGAAGGACCAACCAGCUUCAGUUCAUGCAGCGUGUAGUGGUCAAGGCUGUGUGGAGGCACCAUUUUGCCUGGCCUUUUUACCAUCCUGUUGAUGCUGUGGCUCUUAAACUACCAGAAAGACAGAAGUUACAUUACUUAUCGGGACUCUGUCUAUUAAUUAGGAUUAUCAUGCCAUAAUAACAAACCCUAUGGACUUGGGAAGCAUCAAAAGACGCCUCGAGAAUAACUACUAUUGGAGUGCCAGUGAAUGUUUGCAGGAUUUCAACACUAUGUUCACCAACUGCUACAUUUAUAACAAGCCUACAGAUGACAUUGUGCUGAUGGCUCUCGCAUUGGAAAAGAUUUAUUUGCAAAAAGUUGCACAAAUGCCUCAGAAAGAAGUGGCGCUGUUGCCUCAUGCAGCCAAAGGGAAAACCAAAAAGAAAGGUUCAGGUCGGCAGGAGGGGACUACAUCCUUUUCAGCCAAACCGCAGACACAGACAAAGCACACUGGCUCCAAUUCACCUUCAAAGCCCAAAGAGGCUUCACAGUCCAACACUAAGAAAGGCCUAAAGAAGAACAAUUCAGUUAUUGAUGCAACCAGGCCGAAUGAGUCUCCAGAAAGCAAGAGAAGACGGGAAAUCCCAGACCAUUCCACCCUCCUGCUUGUCAGCGAAAAAGACUUGGCGCUCCAAGACGGUGAGACGAUCCAACUCCGAUACUGUGAGGAAAUCCUGAAGGAAAUGCUCUCUAAGAAGCAUGUAACGUACGCCUGGCCUUUCUACAAGCCUGUGGAUGCUGAAGCUUUGCAGCUGCAUGACUAUCAUGACAUCAUUAAAUACCCAAUGGAUCUCAGUACUGUCAAGGCAAAAAUGAAGAGAGGAGAGUACCAGGAUGCUCAAAGAUUUGCUGCGGACGUCAGGUUAAUUUUCUCCAACUGCUACAAAUACAACCCGCCACACCUUGAGGUUGUGGCAGGGGCCAAGAAGCUUCAGGAUGUGUUUGAGAAAAGAUUUGCUAAAAUUCCGGACGUGCCCAUCAAGAGCACUUCACAGGUGAUCUACAGUCCGCUUCUUAGUGGGCUGACCGCCACAGUCUCUUACACUUUGGACAAAUCUGAUGAACAAGUCAACCAACUGCCAGCGUUGCAACAACAGCUUGAAGAUGUUCACAAACAGCUUAAUAUGCUCUCGGAAGUCCCACCAAGGAAGAAGGCUGACAGGAGACAAAGUAAAGACAGCACUGAAUGUGUUCAUAUUGACAGCUAUCGGAAGUCAAAGAAUCGAGGUGACGACUCUGAUGAAGAAUCUCUGCAAAUGACGUACGACGAGAAGCACCAACUGAGCCUCGACAUAAACAGACUAUCUGGCAUAAAGCUGGGCCAGGUGGUGCGCAUCAUUCAGACACGAGAGCCAUCAAUAUGUGACGCCAACCCAGACGAGCUCGAAAUCGACUUUGAGAUACUGAAGCCGUCAACUCUGCGUGAACUGCAGCAAUAUGUCCGCUCUUGUCUAUCCAAGAAGUUUAAGAGAUUUGAAAAGAAGAGGUGUCAAAUUGGGUCUCAGCAGAUGGAAAGCAGCAGCUCCUCAGAUUCCUAUUUCAACAGUUCUUUGGACUCCAGUUCAGAAAAUUCUGACUUAUGACAGCGUCAAUCGUUUUUAUCCUUUGACUUCUCAGAUUAUGUAUAGUACAGUAUAUAUUAUUUUGUUAUAUUUUAAUAAAAACACCUUUUUACAUGUUG